CAAACAGGUCUUUGCUGGAGGUCUAAAACAAGUGAAGCCAAGCCCUACGGAAGAAAUCAGUCGAAGGAGCGAGCGCCGAGGAGCGGUUCAAGAUUCGAAGAAACGCUUCGGCCAGUCCGUGGGUCGUCGAAUUUCAAAAUUCGGUUUUUCUCCUUCACAGAAAAGCUUCUUUAAAGCAACAAAAUGAACGAGAGUGGGGAUGAUCUGAACUCGUCCGAUUCUGGCAGUGAAGAUGAUGAUGUCAACGUGACCAGCGAUGAAGAUGAACCAUACCAAGUCUUAAAUACUUCACAAUAUACAAAACAGAACCAAUCGAGCUGGUUAAAUCGCAGCAAAAUAGUCCAGAAUGUGUCCCUAUCAGACCCGAACAGUGAUUCGGACGGAAGUACGGACAGUCAAUCUGAAAUCGACGAAGCGGAUCGCGCCCAACAGGAGGAAAAUAAAAAGCCCGUUUCAGCCGCCUCGUAUCAAAGCUCCUCGCCAACCAAGAAAGAUCGGUUUUGGGAGAACGAUCCAGAUGUCUAUGGAAUUAGGAGAUCAGGUCGAAGCAGGAAGGAACCAGUGAGAUAUACAGUUACUGCGAGUCAGGAUGACAGCGAAGAAGACAUACAUUUCGAAAGCGUCCCGCAGCGAAGACCGCCAGAGCGAUCCAACGUAAUCAAAAACGAAGAAGACUGUCAAGGUAUGUCGUCAUGUUCUGAUUGGCCAACUCAAAGCAGUGACAGCGGAAGUGAGUCCUCGGAUGGUUACUCACCGCACGAGGCUCGUUCCAGGCCCGUCCCGCGAGCCACGGCCAGGGUACCGGGUCAGCCACGACGCGUGAACAACAAUAACAAGAGUUCCAAACGAAGCUUCAGGGAUAGCGAUGAGGAGAAGAGCAGAAUACCGAGCAGAAAAGCGACUGGAAAUGUUUGUUAUAAAGAAGAGAGCGAGGCGGAGGAGACUGAUGAAGAUGAUAUUAUCGAGGUCAGUGCUGACGCUGUUGUGGAUUAUGAAGACGAUGAUAGAGAGACAAUUGAAAAGGUUCUGAACACUCGCAUAGGCCCAGUGCAGUGGACAGGCGCUCGUACAACGAUGUACUCAAGUGAAUAUGAAGAGAUGCUUCAUCAGCUGGAGGACGACCCGGAGCAGGAGCCAACAUCGAGGCAAUUUUUAAUCAAGUGGAAGGGAUGGUCGCACUUGCAUAACACGUGGGAAAGCAAGGACACGUUGCAGCAACAGAAUGUGAAAGGAAUGAAAAAAUUAGAAAAUUUUAUCAAGAGAAUGGAAGAAAUCGAAAGAUGGAAGAAAUACGCCGUCCCAGAAGAUGUGGAGUAUUUUGAGUGUCAAGAACAAAUGAAUUUGGAAUUACACGAAGAAUAUCAACAAGUGGAACGAGUUAUAGGUCACACGAAUAUCAAAGGUAUCGAUGAAUUUGGCAAAUCUGUGAACCAGGUGGAUUAUCUUUGCAAAUGGACGGGAUUGCCGUAUUCCGAAGCAUCAUGGGAAGACGGACCGCUAAUCUCGAAGAUUGGUUACCAAGAUAAAAUCGACAGCUACCUUAAGAGGGAACGAUGCGACAAAGUUCCGGGAAAAAACGAACGCUUUCCCAAACAGAAACCCAAGUUUAUCCCGUUAAAAAAACAGCCCGCGUUUCUGUCCAAGGGAACUGGGAUGGAGCUCAGGGAUUACCAGCUUGGAGGACUGAAUUUCUUAACGCACUCCUGGUCGAGGUACAAUUCCGUGAUAUUGGCGGACGAGAUGGGCCUUGGAAAAACGAUUCAGAGCAUCGCAUUUCUCUCCAACCUUAUCAACACGUAUUCAGUAUGGGGACCAUUCUUGCUUGUCGUUCCAUUGUCCACUAUAGCUGCCUGGCAAAAGGAGUUUUCGCUUUGGGCGCCGGAAAUUAAUCUCGUGGUUUACUUGGGUGAUGCUCUUAGCCGUAAAAAGAUUCAGGAAUUUGAAUUCUAUCACAGUACUUUAAAAAGCAAGUUAAAAUUUAACGCAUUGCUUACUACGUACGAAAUUUUGCUCAAAGAUAAGGAUGUUCUAAGAACAAUAAAUUGGUCUGCAUUGCUGGUCGAUGAGGCCCACCGUUUGAAGAAUGAUGAUUCAUUAUUAUAUAAAGUAUUAUACGAUUUCAAUACCCAUCAUCGAGUGCUGGUCACUGGGACUCCUUUACAGAAUUCGUUGAAGGAAUUGUGGAGUCUAUUGCAUUUUAUAAUGCCAAAUAGAUUUUCCUCGUGGGAAGAAUUUGAAGAGAAACAUGCAAAGGCGGAGGAGAAGGAAAGCGGGUUUUCAAAUCUUCAUAAAGAAAUAGAACCCUACUUGUUCCGUCGAGUAAAAAAAGAUGUCGAGAAAUCUUUACCUGCAAAGGUUGAACAGAUAUUGCGUGUGGAGAUGUCAUCUCUUCAGAAACAAUAUUAUAAGUGGAUUCUUACGAAGAACUUUAAAAUGUUGAACAAAGGAAUGAAGGGAAACAGCAACACUUUCCUGAAUAUCGUUAUGGAGUUGAAGAAGUGUUGUAAUCACGCGGCGUUGAUCAGACCUUUCGAUGAAUACGAAGACCUUCAGGCGAUAUUACAAGGCAGCGGUAAACUAAUGCUGUUGGAUAAGUUGUUAUGUCGCUUGAAAGAAACGGGACAUCGCGUGUUGAUUUUCUCGCAGAUGGUCAGAAUGCUGGAUAUUCUAGCGGACUAUUUACAACGUCGGCAUUUUAACUUUCAGAGACUCGACGGUUCCAUACGAGGCGAUGUUAGAAAGAAAGCUUUGGAUCACUUCAAUGCUGAAGCUUCUGAGGAUUUCUGCUUCUUGUUGUCAACCCGGGCUGGUGGACUGGGAAUCAACUUGGCGACCGCUGACACGGUUAUCAUAUUCGACUCGGAUUGGAACCCUCAAAAUGACCUGCAGGCUCAGGCCAGGGCUCACCGUAUUGGUCAGAAAAACCAGGUGAACAUUUAUCGACUGGUGACCAAAGGAAGUGUUGAAGAAGACAUUGUGGAACGAGCUAAAAAGAAAAUGAUUUUAGAUCAUCUUAUUAUCCAGAGAAUGGACACAACUGGGCGAAAAGUUUUGUCCAAAACAAACACCGCUCCUUCAGCGAACACGCCAUUCAACAAAGAUGAAUUGUCGGCCAUUUUAAAAUUUGGUGCCGAAGAUCUCUUUAAAGAAGGUGAUGGCGAAAGAGACAAAGAAUUACAGGAAAUGGAUAUUGAUGAAAUAUUAAAACGUGCAGAAACCAGAGAAUCUGAUGACCAACCAUCAACGAUGGGAGAAGAACUUCUCUCCCAAUUUAAGGUCGCAGACUUCGUCUCGAUGGAUUUUGAGGAAGAAACCAAAUCGGAGGAAGCUUCCGCAGUCGAAAACGGGAAAAGCUGGGAAGAUAUUAUUCCUGACACUGAAAGAAAAAAUCUCGAAGCUGAAGAAGAACAACAGAAACAGCUCGAGUUGUAUUUACCAAAACGACCGCGAAAAUCUGUGAAAAAGAUGAACAUUGGUCACCACGAGGAGGAAAAGAAACCAAAACAGAAAAGAAGGAAGAAAGCGACGAGUUCUUCUGGUGACGAGUUUGACGAGGGAUCAAAGAAAAAACGUGGACGACCACGAACCGUAAAACGAGAAGAUAUUGAAGGAUUUAGCGAUCAAGAAAUAAGAAGGUUCAUCAAGAGCUACAAGAAAUUUGGCCGACCAUUGACGAGACUUGACGUGAUUGCUGUGGAUGCAGAACUAGAAGAGAAAACGUAUGACGCUGUAGUGAAACUUGCAAAUGCCAUACACGAUGGUUGUAUCAAGGAAAUGAAGGAUUACGAUGAACGUUUAAAACAAGACCCUGAAUUUGAUGGCAAAAAGAGAGGAGCGUCCUUGCGUAUCGCUGGCGUGAGUGUCAACGCUCCUUCGUUGUUGAAACACGAAGCAGAACUGGAACCUUUGGCUGAUGCCAUUCCCAACGAUGCCGAAAAAAGGAAAAAAUAUCGUUUUACGAUUCCUGCGAAAAGCGUUCACUGGGAUAUUGAUUGGGACGUGAAGGAUGACAGUAUGUUGCUGGUUGGAUGUUAUGAACAUGGUUUGGGAAGCUGGGAUACAAUCAAAGACGAUACUAACCUUGCUUUAUCAAAGAUCAUGCCUCCAGGUAAUUUGAAACCUCAAGACAAGCAUCUUCAGACAAGAGCUGAAUAUCUUAUCAGACUUCUCAAGCAGGACGGAAUAAGGAGCAAAGCCGAAGAACUCAGACAGUCGUCUGAAAAGCUUAAGAAAGAAAUCAAGAAACUGGAGAAGACUAAAGCGCCCAAAAAGAAGCUCGCAACCAAAAAAGAUCCUGAGAAGAAAAAGAAAAAAACAAGCAAAAAACCAGCACCCGAUCAGAAUUCCGCUCCAGUCUCCGGCGGGGAUAAUAAGAACAAUCAACAAGGCCCUACCCAAGGUGCACCGGAGAACGUGAAAGAAGAACAACAACCUGAGGAAGUUUCCGAGCAGAAUCCUGAGAAGCCAAAGAAAAUGAAGAAAAAGUCGGAGAAGAAGAGCACAGCCAAACCGAAGGAGAAGAAAGUUUCUGAAAGCGAAGAAAAUAAAGGAAAUGAAAUGCCUGCGCACCUUGUUGACAUGGACCAAACAACGUUUGGCUUGUGCAAGGAGAAAAUGCGACCUGUUAAACGCUCGUUGAAAUUACUGGAGAAUCCUGGAGACAAUUUGACGGAAACGGAACAUGUGGAACAGACAAGACAGUGUUUAUUGAAAAUUGGCGAUCAUAUCACGAACACGACGUCUGAUUAUGAGGAGCCUGAUCUGGCCAGCGAAUGGAGAAGCACGUUGUGGAGUUUUGUCGCAAAAUUCACUGCAUUCGACGCGAAGAAAUUGUGCAAACUUUACAAACACGCUUGCAAGAAAAGAGAAGAAGAAAAAAAGAAAAACAAAGAGCAUUCGAAAAAAGACACAGCAAAACCUCACAAACAAAAUCCUGCGAAGCGGCCAGCUGAUGUCGCUGUUGGUAGCAAUGCCGACAACAAACAGGCUAAACAUCCUGAAUCUGGCGGUCAGCCAGGAUGGCGGGCUCAGAAUUCCUCGCGAGACCACGGGAAUAAUUCGUGGAGAGGUGGACGAGAUGGAAACAGAGAUGGUGGUGCUAAUCGUCCUCCAUGGCGUAACGACUACAACGAUAAUCGUAAUCGGCCAGAUUACCCCGACCGAUAUUCGCACGAUAAGUACGCACGCCGAGAUGAUCCGAAACGUCCCGACGACAAUUUCCGGAACCGUCACGAACAUCAACGGUAUCACCACAACCAACGUCCGCCGCAACAGAAUCCUGGAAAGGAAGGUCACGUGAGUAAACAUUACCCCGGGGAUGGGCGCCAUGGAAUUAUAAAUAAACAUGACGUACCAUACGGUGCCAAGGAUAGACACGACCCAUCCUAUUAUGGUCCUAUCGGCAGACAUGAUGACGUCAGUCCGCAUUAUGGAUCUAUAAAUAGGCAUGAUGAUAUUGGGCCGCAUUACGGAGCUAAAAAUAGACUUGAAAAUAGGUCGGAUAGUGACCAUAGGUAGCCCAUGUCGUCUUGGUCGCUUUGGCCGAGACAAUAUGAUUGACUGUUUCCCACGCUGUUUUGAAACUUUCAAAACACGCGUCUUCCCCACCUUCUAAGGUGGAAAGUCUAUCCGAAGAUUCCAUGCGGCAGGGUUCACGUCAGAUAGAGUGCGCAUGCGUUUUUUAAGCACAAUAGUCGAAUGUGUAUUCCGGGUGAAAUGGAACAUAGGUAGAUAUGCAAACGUGCAGUAUUUGUGGUGUACUGGUGUAGGCUUAUGAAAAUAUACUGUACGUUUAAUAGCUUGGUGUGUGUUUUCAAUGCACAAUAAUGAUGUGUGAAAUAAAUGCGGCCAGCAUGUGUUUUUCAUGCCUUUUAGCGUAGCGUGGCUACAAGUGACGGGUACAUCGUUGUCUCAAAUGUAGAUGCAGUUGAAUUACAAUCGCAUCAAAGAGUACAAUAUUAUCACAAUCAAAGGCUUAAGAAAUGCUUAGUAAAUAUUUAUUACCUCUAUGUUAAAACCUGCCACACGCACUAAAAGUUUACAACACUAAAAUUUUA